GGCAUGAUUCAACUUAAGCACUGUCAUGUUUUGUUUCCUUUUGAUAAACAUGGCAAGCGAGCGACUCAAAGCUGGACAAAUACUGACUGUGGAUCUCAUAAUGGGAUUAGCUAUUCUCAGUACUGCAGAGAGAGAGAGUCCAAACGCAAAGCAGCCACUGUAAAAAAAAAAAAAAAGCUGAGGUAGCAUUAAGGAAUUGCAUUCACCUGGGUAACAAAUUUGAGCUCUUUUAGAUGGAGCCGGUCCAUGCAGUCAUGCACCCUCAGCUAGAGGUGGACACUAAAGGUUCUCAGGAGUCUGUCCGUGACCAUGAUGACAGUGACUCGGAAAACAGUCAGGAGGAGACACCAACAUCUAACUGGAACGAGCUGUCCAUCAUAGAUCGAGUGGGACUCAACAGUGUGGAGAUGUCAGAGAUUGAUUUGGAAAAGGCCUUCUCUCAGAUUGCCUUGGCCUUCCGCUGUGACCAGUACACCCUGAAGCAGAGGCUCCAGGCGGAAGAGCACGCCCGCAACCUGGCUGAGGAGAACAUCCAGCUGGAGCUGUCCAGAGGCAGAGAGACGCUGGAGGCACUAAAGGGCCUGUGUCUGGAUAGCAAGCGCCGUAAGAUCCUGCAGAGGCUAGAAUUGUCGCUGGACAUCCUCACAGGCACCGUAGAGCGCAUCUCCAACACGGCCGAGGUUCUUGGAGCGGUGCACCAGGAGGCUCGUGUGAGUCGGGCAGUGGAGCUCAUGGUGGCUCACGUGGAGAAUGUGAGGAGCCGAUUGCAGCGACAUGAGUCGGAUCUGGAGGAGGCCAAGAAGAUGAUCCAGCAGCAGAACUCCUGCAGGACCGUCGAUGAGCCUGGAGCUCCUUUCGAUCCAGAUGAAAGUGACAGCUGGAAGAAAAGCUUUCAGCAGAAUGGCAGUCGCCGCAGAGUCAGUGUGUCAUUGAUUCCAAGCGACAUCCAGAAGACAAAGCGAGACUCUAAGAAGCGGGCCGCCCACGGGGAAGCUGAUCCAGGCAGUAAUUUGUUCCCAGCUUGUCCGUCUCCCAGCUUGAGCUCAGCGUCCAGCUGCAGCGGCGCCAACAAGGACGACAGCUACUUGGUGGAUGACAGGCCAAUUGAUCCCGAUGAAGUGUCUGCCCCGGCACCUCCCCAUCCCACUCCCAUCCCAGAGCUCCCUGUCCCAUGCAAACGAGCUACCGGUGGAAAGGUGCCACACAAAAGUUGCACGCUGGACACAACGCGGCAGAGGCACAAAAGCAAAGUUUCAUUGGCAAAGAAAAAGGCUGACAAAGAGAAGAAGAGGACAAACAUCUACUGCCGGAUUUCUGAAGAUGGAUCGCUGCGCAGGCAACGGCCUUUUGCUCGUUGUCGCUGUUUGCUGCUCUGCGUCUUUGUGCUUCUCGCCUUUAUUACCUGGAUUUUUCUCUUUGUGUAAGAAUAUUAAAGUGGACAUACUAUGGAAAAUUUACUUUUUAAAUGCUUGUAUAAAAAAAGGUGUGUCUUUGGAGUGCCAUCAUCACGUGAAAUUACAUUAAAAAGUAAAUCUUU